AUGGCCGCUCGCAAAGUUGCCACUGCUGAAGGCGCACUGACACCCAAGCCACUGCGACGAGCCUUGUUCCCACCUCCCUCUCAAAACGAUAGUCCCUUAAAAGAGUUGGACCCCUCCAUGAUGAGAAACGCAGCUUCUCCCAGGCGCAGCCCUAGAAUUGCUUCGCGAGAGGAUAAACACGUUGGAGGAAAAGAAAACCAGGAGCCCACCGAUGGCCUGGAUGACCUUUUUGAGAGUCCUUCCGUGGACCCCGACAUGCCUAUCAGCCCUACUCCCCGUCGUCGCCUCCCUGGUCGGUUGAAUGGCGUACUACAUGAACGACGACACUCGCUCCCUUGCAACUCGCCAACUGGUAACCGUCGCAGAGAUGUGGGAUCAGCAACUGCUUCCACCCGACUCACUGCGGAACGACUUCAGCGUAUUCAAGAAGAUCAGGCUCAGGCUCAUAUCAGUCCUCGCCAGUCCAAUGGCGGAUUCCAGUCUACAUCCUUUGACUCUAUUGAUGGCAUGAUCCUCGACAUCUUUGACGAAACCAGCGUCCAGCCUGACUUUUUCCAGCUUGGUGAUUCCAAAAAUGCAGAACAGGACUGGGCAGAUUGGCUUCCCACGGACUACGUCUCUCCCAACGAGUCCGAGGAUAAUGGCGGUCCCCAUGACGACCUGAUUAGUGCCAUUCUUUCCGAUCCUGCCAUUCUCAAGGAAAAUCUUCAUAACUCCGCUUUCAACCCUUUCGGGUUCGCCGAUGCCCAACUCCCUGACUCGGGCUUCUUCAGCUCUGAUAACCUUCACAACGACUCCAUGGGUCCUCUCAAACCUCGAUCUGCCAACGAGCAGUCGAAUGAACAGCAGCAGGCAUCUCCUGCUGCGUGA